UCCACCGUGACCGGCUGCUGCUGCUGCUGCCGCCAUGGGCCGCGCUCGGACUCUGCUCGCCACGCUGCUCGCCGCGAGCGCCGCGCUGCUCGCCGCGCUCGUGGUGGCGCGCGCGCUCCUGCGGGAGGCGGCAGGAGCGCGCGCGCCGGGCGGGGAGAGCCGCCUCGGCCGGGCCGCGCGCGCCCCGCGCCUCGCGCUCGAGCCGCUUGCCGGGAGGCGCGAGGCGCGCGCGCGCGACAGGCUGCGCGCGGCCGUGCGCGUGCCCACGGUCUCCUCCCGAGAGGGUCCCGGCGCGCUGGACGAGGUGGCGCUGCUGCGGUUCGGCAGCCUGCUGCGCGAGGAAUUCCCAGUGGUGUUCGAGUCAGAGCUGGUGACCCACGACCUUGUGGCCAACUUCAGCCACCUGCUGACGGUGCGUGGCGCUGAUGGUGGGCGGACGCCCUACAUGCUGACUGCCCAUCUGGAUGUCGUGCCCGCUCCAGACUAUGGAUGGGAUGUACCGCCCUUUUCUGGAGAGAUUCGCCAAGGCUACAUCUACGGCCGAGGGACCAUAGAUGACAAGCACAGUCUCAUGGCCAUUCUGGAGGCGUUGGAGCUUCUUCUGCAGCGUGGGUUUGUCCCACAGAGGACCUUCUACAUUGGCAUUGGACACGAUGAAGAGAUCGGGGGAGACAAAGGUGCACGAAAUAUUGCAAAGCUACUGGAAUCCCGUGGAGUCAAGUUGGACUUCCUGCUGGAUGAGGGAAUGGUCAUCUUGGAUGGGGUCGUGCCAGGCCUGCAGAUACCAGUGGCCGUGGUGGGUGUGUCGGAGAAGGGCUCGCUCAUGCUGAGGCUGCGUGUGCGCACAGAGACGGGCCACUCCUCUAUGCCCGCCCGGGAGAGUUCCAUCGGCAUCCUCUCCUCUGCCAUCACGCGCCUGGAGAGCAACCCCUUGCCUCAGCAGUUUGGCUCUGGACCAGAAAGAGCACUCUUUGAAUACCUCUCAUCACAGUUCAACUUUCCGAUGCGAGUGGUGACGUCCAACCUUUGGCUCUUUGGCCCGAUUUUCAGCUGGGUGCUGGGUCAGAAGCCAACCACCAAUGCCCUAAUCAGGACCACAACUGCAGUGACUGAAUUCCACGCAGGUGUCAAGCCGAACGUGGUGGCGCCGCUCGCCGAGGCCACCGUCAACUACCGCAUCCACCCGGCUCAGUCGGUGAGCGAGGUGCUGCGCUUGACCGAGGAGAUCAUCGCCGACGACCGAGUGGAGCUGGAGGUCCUCUCCUCCUAUGAGCCCCUGCCGAUCAGCCCGUUUGACGAGUCUGCCACUGGCUACUGGACAAUCAGCAAAAGCAUCACGGACACCUUCCCAGACAUCGUCAGCGCCCCGGGACUCUGUAUUGCCAACACGGAUACCAGGCACUAUCAGAAGCUGACCAGCGCUCUCUACAGGUUCACACCAAUUUGGAGUAAACUGGAGGAUAUUCCAAGGUAUCACGGGGUGAAUGAGAGGAUCUCGUUACACAACUAUAAACAGACAAUUCAUUUCUACUUUAACCUCAUGCAGAAUGCAGACCAAGAGGAGCCUUUUAUAAAACACUUCCACACAGAAGACCUGUAAGGGUACAUCACCCCUUUGUGAAGGUUGUUGUUGCUGUUGGAAUUUAUUUUCUCAUUUUAAGUAGAAAACUCAACUGCUGAUCACUUUUUAAAAACACGUUUGAAUUCAAUUUGCAGUAGGGGUCUCAUAUUGGGGAAAUGUCUCGCGCCAUACUUUUUGUCAGAAGUGGUGGAUUUACAACUUAAAUUUCUUUUAAAAUAUCUGUAACUGCCGAACUUUCACGAAUGCAGUGAAUGCCUUUUCCACAAUAUUAUGCGUGGCCCAAAAUAGUUUUUUUUUCCUAUUAUCGGCAUCCAAUUUAUGCUUUUAUGGGUAAGAGGAGUCACCAAUAUGUAGAGGCCGUGGGCCCUACAUUCAUCAAUGUAUUUGUGUUGUGAAUAAGCGGGAUGAGAACUGCACUUGUCUGUGCGUGUGCUGAUGUUACGAGAGGGCCCCACAUCACUGUGAAUCACAAGCCGGGUAUCAUUGGCCGGAAAGUGGAGCUGACGAAGGUUUUUCAACUACGGCCGCAAAACUUUGAACUCACUCCCUCAUUUUCACUCCACUCGAUUAGUGCAACUCCCUCGCGCUCGGUCUUCCCUCCUAUGCAAUGAAACCACUUCAACAAAUCCAAAAUGCUGCUGCCCGGAUCAUCUUUAAUCACCCCCUACCACUCCCACACACCACCUCUCCUCGUUCAGCUACACCGGCUUUCAAAUUCCUCACCCUAGUUUACAUAUCUUUCGUUUCUCUCAUCUCGCUCGACUUUCCUUCUCGUCCUCUCCGUUCACAAUCCCAGCUCUGUCUCUGUCCGUUCCCCCUCCUCCUCGUCCCCAAUCACCAUCCCCUUCUUUCUCGCUUCUGGCCUCUUUACACUGGAACAAGCUGACCUGACGUGUCAAACAAUCAGCCUCACCAUCUAUUUAUCGUUCGUUCCUUAAAACUCACUCGCUGAUUUUCCCUCGCUUACCCAAACUCCCUUCCCCAUCGGUAACUCUAUCCCUCUUCCCAACUUCCCUAUGCAUUCAGCAUGACACUCGCUCAUCAUCAUGAACCACUCUUUUAAUCACCGUUUGUUUCAAGCAUCAUCAUAUUCACCAUGCACUGCUAUCCUCAUCAACUCAGCGCAUCUCAUCAUGCCGUUUAAAUGUACAAAUUGAGAAUUGCUUGUUUACCGCCUUGAUUAAGGCACUAUAUAAAUUCCAAUAAGGUAAUAUAAUAAUAUUAUUGGUGAAGUCACGUAGAUAGGUUUUGUUAUUUUCUUUGAACCUAUCUACGUGACUUUACCGAAAGACCCAAGAAUAUGAAUUCCUGCAGUCACGAAAGCUUUAAGUCAAUAAUAUAAUAAAAAAAUAAUUGCAAUUUGCACUCAUGAGGCACCUUUCCCAGUCUCAAGGUGUCAUGAAUCAAAAGAAGAGAGGUGUCGGAGAAAGAGCCGAUUGGAAAAAUAAGAGGAACAAACUGAUGUUUUAAUGAUUUUGACAGUUUAUCAUUUAUCCUAGGACCUCCUUUGCCAGUACCAAAAUAUGAGAAGAGGUUUUCCCCUUUUUUCUGACAACAAAACAGCUGUUAAGAGGUUAAAACACCAAACUGAAACCUUUUUACAAGGAACCAUGCCUGAAUUACUCUGAUAGUGCGUUGUCGCUGGUGUGGACCAAUCAGGUUCAAAGACAAUGCAAAUAUUAUUAGAGUUGUAUUAGAGUUUUUUUGCAUUCUGACCACAAGUAUUGUGGUUAAUGCAGACAUGAUUCCUUGUAAAAGGUUUCAGUUUGGUGUUUUAACAUCUUAACACCUGUUUUGUUGACAGAAAAAGGGGGAAAACCUCUUCUCAGUUUAUCAUUUGAAAGGAUGAACAUAACCGAUGAUGAAGGUGUUGUUUUACAUGAUUGUUUUUAAGUCUGACGUUUUCCAGGUAUAUGGCUUUAGCCCUUUGAUGUCUCUCACGAAAUGUCGGCUUCCCUAAUGGACUCCAUGGCCAGAGUGUUACCCUUUGCUCAGUGCGGCCAAUAGAAAUGAGCACCAAUCAAUGCUCGUUUGAGUAUUAAUGGACACUAUAUUCACGGAAAUGUGAUAUUGCUGUGCAAGUGGUCGAUUAAAUUGACUCAA